UUUCAAAUAACGUGGCUACACUUCCGUCUAAAGUUGACAGAUCAGAAACGUAAAUACAAAUCAGUUUUAGUUGUUUAAUACUAAACAUGGGAUCAAGUGGUGAAUUCGGAAAUCCACUGAGAAAGUUCAAGCUUGUUUUCCUUGGAGAACAAAGUGUUGGGAAGACAUCCUUGAUCACAAGAUUUAUGUAUGACAGCUUUGACAACACUUACCAGGCCACAAUAGGAAUAGACUUCUUAUCAAAGACCAUGUAUUUAGAAGAUCGCACAAUACGGCUCCAGCUGUGGGAUACAGCAGGCCAGGAACGCUUCCGAAGUCUCAUACCGAGCUACAUCCGAGACUCCUCAGUGGCUGUUGUGGUGUAUGACAUCACAAAUGCCAACAGUUUCCAGCAGACUUCCAAGUGGAUUGAUGAUGUACGGACAGAGAGAGGGAGCGAUGUCAUUAUAAUGCUAGUAGGAAACAAGACAGAUCUGUCUGAUAAAAGACAAGUAACUUCAGAAGAUGGCGAGAGAAAAGCUAAAGAAUUAAAUGUGAUGUUUAUAGAAACUAGCGCAAAAGCAGGAUACAAUGUCAAACAGUUAUUCCGACGUGUGGCUGCGGCAUUACCAGGCAUGGAACAACAAGAGCCCAAGAAAGACCAGAAUAUAGAACUGCGGCCUAAGGAAGCUAACAUGGCGCCAAUUGAAAACGAGGCUGGAUGCAGUUGCUAGGGACUUGCACAAUGGUUGCUAGGAACAAUAAUGUAUGGUUGCCAAGGGAUAUCUGCUUUCUGGUUUAAUUGGCAUUGCUGAAAGAACAAUAAAGAACAAUAUACUGUUGCUUAGGACAAAUUAUUAAAUAGGUCACGCAUUUGUCGUCGUCUUUUCUGGACAUUAAACCUGCAAUUUAUUACAUGUGUUUGUAUGCUGGUGUCAAGAUAUUAAGUUCUUGGUAACAUAUUCUGUUCUAGAAGUGUUUGUGCUAUGGUAGUUUACAACAUGAGAAAAUAUAAGCACAUGUAUUUUCAUUUUACGUUAAGAAAUUAUUAGAGUUAUGAAAGUAUAAAUGUCUAUAAUGCCGACUAUAAUUUAUAAAGUAUCUGUUGUGCUUAUUUGAAACAGGAAAAACUGGACAUAAGGAAAACAACAUAAAAUACGAGAUUACCGUCUUUUGAGAACUUCCACAUUGAUACAUAUUUAAUUGUGUGUAUAAUUACAAAGCUAUGGUAUGCUGAUUUUCUUGACUAAUGUAAGAGAAUGUAAGUGAUAAAGAUGUACAUGUGAAGUACAUAAACUAAAAAAUAAAAUAUGGCUUAUUUUUUAAACAGCAUUUAAGCAAUUUGACUGGUUGUAUUUAUUAUGGACAAUAUUAAUAGUGUAAAUAAAUAUACCGAUUUCAAUGACCAACAUACAGAGCUAUCUUUUUACCAUAUUAUCCCUAAACAUGUGUGCAAUAUAUUGUGUUGUUAUGCUGCCAUGAAUAGCAUUAUACAGCUAUAUGCGAUUUCUUUUAGAACAAUUAUCCUAGUUAGGUAUGUAUAUUAUCAUUAAUAUUCUACUGUCAUACAUUUCCAUUAGAUUUUGUACAUUAGCACAAUGACAUAAAGUAAGAACACAUAUGAGCUGUGACAUGCGAAAAUAGGGCUUAAAUCUAUGCAGCUAUCGUAGCGCUAGACCAGAUGUGUCUGCUAUUAUUGUGUUUUGUGGUUUCAUUAGCGGACAUGGCAGCUCCUGACCAGACUGUGUGAAUGUUCAAGUUGUAGAUAAACUGGCUGCAUAUGACAUAAGAAUCAUUUUCGCAUGACACGGUUCGUAUAUCAAUUUCAUUACAAUACAGACAUAAGUCUAAAUACAUUCUUCAAUAUGUCACUUUCAUUGAGAAAUCAUAUGGACUAUUUCUAUAUAUUUCUUUUUGCAACCACUAUGAGUUUUAAACUCAAACAAACAUGAAUAUUGAAGCAUACAUGCGUUGUUAACCAAACACUUUUGUCAUAAAUGUUCAACUGUUUGACGACACUUUUCAUUUCUUUAAUUGCAUAUAAAGCUUUUUACUGUCAGUUAAUUUAUAUUUGGCAAAUUAAUGAAAUGAAAAUUACUUGUGACAUGCUCACAGGACAAAAUGUAGUGUGCGAUUUGUGUAUUACAAUAUUAACGUAUAUGUGCAAUUUACAUUCUUAUUUAUACAAACAAAUGGGAUUGAAAUGGUUUCAUUGGCAAAAUCAUAAUCUAGUAUCAUCACAUCCAAUAUCAGCAUAAUAAUUGUACUAAGUAGAAAAAUGCAACUCCCAAAACAUGAUCAAGAGUAAAUACCUAAUACCAUAAGCAUCAUAUCACAUUUUUGCUUAUUAUUAAUAUUAGUAUGAAUGGUUAUUAUUUCUUAGUUUAGUUUAAUUUAAACCUAUUUAUUUUAGCUCGAUUGCAGCGAAAGCCUAAGGCUUUUAUAAAUGCUCUCGAGUCCGUUUCCUAGGCCUAGAACCAGUACUUGGUGUCUUUGGGGGAGAUCUAAAGAACGCUCCCACGGUGGGGAUCGAACCCGUAACCUCCCGGUCGCUAGGCGGACACCAUAUCCAUUACACCACGGCGACCUUUAUUAUUUCUUAUACGACCAAAUGUUCGUUUAUAAACUGAGUACUAGUAGAUCUAAAUGGACGUAAUUAAACAUGUGAUUGUUGUGAUAACGCCUGUGUAUAUUUUGUUAUUAAGUUCACUUUGCAUUUUCAUGUUUCUGUAAUAAAAUUAUUGAAAUA